UAUCAUUCACUGUCUCUGGGUGACAUGGCUGAUGAACGCUCAGCACUUCCCCAUCUCAAAUAACAUCUCCUAUUUGCUUUUUCAUUUGCACUUUUUUCAUUAGGGCUCUUAAAGAAUGUACAGAAGACUAAAGAAUAAUGUAGACAUAGCAGAUGCGAUGGUUUUCCAAUGAUUAUUAUUCACCACAGAUCUGUCCUGAUUUACAAAGUACACUGCAAUUGUUGCACUGCUCUAAAGACUCCUGAUUAUGCACUAAAAAACUGAUAUUUUGGAUUCAAGGCAAGAAGUGGAGAAAGGAAUUUUUUUGCCACUUAGUCGAGAGAUUUUCAUUUUUAUUACUUUUCUAAAUCAGCAUUUCACUUCUUUGACUAACAUUUUAAGGACUGAUGAUCGGGCCAAGGAGUUUGCCAACACUCUUUUUCAUCAUCUGGUGUCUUGCACUGCAUCAGUCUGCUACAGAAAUCUGUGGCACCAUGGACAUUCGAAAUGAUGUUUCAGAGUUGCAUCAAUUAGAGAAUUGCUCUGUAAUUGAGGGAAAUCUUCAGAUCCUGCUUAUUUCCACCACUCAAGGUGAGGACUUCCGAGGUCUCAGUUUCCCAAGGCUGGUCAUGAUCACCGACUUUCUGCUACUUUUUCGUGUCUAUGGACUGGAGAGCUUGAGAGACCUUUUCCCAAACCUCUCUGUCAUCCGGGGCAAUCAGCUCUUUUUUCAAUAUGCACUAGUCAUUUUUGAAAUGCCUCAUCUACGAAUGAUAGGGUUGCACAGCCUGACAAGGAUAAUGAGAGGGGCUGUUAGAAUUGAGAAAAACCAGGAGCUCUGUCAUCUUUCCACUGUUGACUGGACAUUGCUGAUGGAUUCAACAGAGAACAACGACAUAGUAGGCAACAAGCUUCAAGUAGAGUGCACUGAUGUCUGUCCUGGGAUCCUAGAUGAGGAAAAGACCUGUGUGAAGACUGAUGUCAAUGGGCAUAAAGACUACCGGUGCUGGACCUCCACCUACUGCCAGAAAGUUUGUUCCUGUGGGGGUCAAGGAUGCACAGCAAAUGGAGAAUGCUGUCACCGAGAAUGCAUUGGCGGAUGUUCCCUUCCUAAUGACAACCGAGCCUGUGUAGCCUGCCGCAAUUUCCUAUACAAUGGACGCUGCCUUCCAUCCUGCCCAGCCCGCACAUAUGGUUAUGCAACGUGGCGCUGUGUGACUGCAGAUUAUUGUGCCAGUCUGCGCAAAGUAUCUGAGGAUCCACACAAGGCAUCAAAGUUUGUUAUCCACAAUGGAGAAUGCAUGUCAGAGUGCCCUGCGGGAUUUACUCGCAAUGAAAGCAGCCUCUUCUGCCAUGAGUGUGAGGGUUUGUGCCCCAAAGAGUGUAAAAUUGGCACCCUGACCAUUGAUACCAGUCAAGGAGCACAGGAGUUAAAAGGCUGUACCCACGUAGAGGGAAAUCUCAUUCUCAACAUUCGCAAAGGCAAUAAUCUGGCAUCAGAACUGGAAGCCAGCUUUGGAAAUAUUGAAACCAUCACAGGGUUUCUUAAAAUCAAGCACUCGUUUGCUCUUGUGUCAUUGUCAUUCUUCAAAAGUCUGCGGCUAAUUCGUGGAGACUCUAUGGUAGAUGGCAAUUAUACCCUUUAUGUGCUGGAUAAUCAAAAUCUAAUGCAGCUAUGGGACUGGGACCAUCACAAUCUAUCAAUUCCAGUAGGCAAAAUGUACUUUGCUUUCAAUCCUAAACUGUGUCUGAGCCAAAUCUAUGAAAUGGAGAAAGUUACGGGCACCCAAGGACGUCAGAACAAAGCUGAAAUAAAUCCUCGCACAAAUGGAGACCGUGCCUCCUGUAAGAGUAGAACGCUGCGCUUCAUCUCCAAUGUGACAGAGUCAACCAAGAUCUUUAUAAAAUGGGAACGCUACCAGCCUUUGGGCCUCCGGGAUUUAAGCAGCUUCAUAGUUUAUUAUCGGGAAUCACCAUUUCAGAAUGUGACAGAGUGGGUUGGUCAAGAAGCCUGUGGCUCUAACAGCUGGAACAUGGUAGAUGUUGACCUUCCAUUGCACAAAGACCAAGAUCCAGGAGUAGAGCUAACUAAACUAAAACCAUGGACACAAUACGCCAUUUUUGUCCGUGCCAUUACCCUCAGCACAGCGGAUGAAGAAAACAAUCAUGGAGCCAAGAGCAAUGUCAUCUACAUAAGAACACGUCCUGCUGCUCCAACAGUGCCUCUUAAUGUGCUCUCAAUGUCAAACAGUUCUACCCAGCUGGUAGUUCGCUGGAAACCACCGAAUCAUCGUAAUGGUAACAUUACCUAUUACCUGGUACGCUGGCAGAGACAGGAAGAAGAUGAAGAUCUAUACAUAAGUAACUACUGCAACAAAGGACUCAAGCUGCCAACUACAAAUGCAGACACCACUUUUGAAGAUGAUGAUGAUGACUCCAAUCAGGAUGGAGAGGACAAGUGCUGUCAAUGUCCAAAAACAGAAAGCGAGCUUGCAAUGGCAGCAGAGGAAGUAUCUUUCCAAAAGAAAUUUGAGAAUUUUUUGCACAACUCCAUAUUUAUGCCAAAGUCUUGGAAAGUAGAGUCAGUAAUUAAGAAUUCACUAAGAGUACCCUGUGGACCAAGACGUGCAGGAGUUGCAGGACCUUACAGUUGUUACUAUUCCGGACACGGCAAACAGCUGAAGAAACGACGGGACACAAUAUGGGUCGCAAACAUGACCAUGGCCAGCAGAAACGAUACUUCCAUAGAUGGACUUAACGUGACAGUGGAAAAUCAGAGCACUGUGAAUCAUACCAGUUCUAGCCCCAAACCAGAGGAUAAUGAGUACCCCAUUCAAGAAGACAAAGUAUUUAUGCGUGAACGCACUGUCAUUUCCAAUCUUCAUCACUUCACUUUUUAUCGAAUUGACAUCCAUGCCUGUAAUCAUGCGGCUCAUAUGGUGGGCUGCAGUGCUGCUAUUUUCGUCUUCACUCGAACCAUGCCUGAAUUAUAUGCAGAUAACAUUCCUGGCAAGGUAACUUGGGAGCCGGUGGGCAAGAAUGUUAUCUUGUUAAAGUGGGAAGAACCUCCCAGACCCAAUGGACUGAUUCUCAAGUACCAGAUAAGAUACACAAAGCUCAAGAAAGACCAGGAUGAGGAGUUUGAAGCAGAGGAAUGUGUCCCUAGAAAAAUGUAUGAGAAAUUCAAAGGUUAUCAAAUCAGGAGACUGCAGGCAGGCAACUAUAGUGCCAUUGUUAGAGCAACGUCGCUUUAUGGAAACGGUUCUUGGACUGAACCAGUGAACUUCUAUAUACCUGGACCAGAGGAAGAUGUUUCAUUCACCACCUUCCUUCUCAUGCCUGUGGUUGUCAUUGUACUCAUUACGCUGACAGUGAUCUUUAUGUACCUCUACUAUAAAAAAAGAAACAAUCUACUUCAUAUCUUAUAUACAUCAGUCAACCCAGAAUACUUCAGUGCUUCUUAUGUGUAUAAGCCAGAUGAGUGGGAAGUGGACCGUGAAAACAUUACCAUUGUCCGAGAGCUGGGCCAGGGUUCCUUUGGCAUGGUGUAUGAAGGAUUAUUGCGAGGCCCCAGUGGAGAUCAUGAUGUCCGGCUUGUCGCUCUCAAGACUGUCAGUGAAUCAACCGGCAUUAGGCAACGCAUUGAAUUCUUGCGAGAGGCUUCUGUAAUGAAGGGAUUCAGCUGUCACCAUGUGGUUCGUUUACUAGGUGUAGUUUCAAAGAGCCAGCCUGCCUUAGUAAUAAUGGAACUAAUGACACGUGGUGAUCUUAAAAGCUACCUGCGUUCCCUGCGUCCAUCGUCUGAGAAUAACCCUGGUAAUCCUCCUCCUCCUUCACUAAAGCAAAUGUUACAAAUGGCUGGGGAAAUCGCAGAUGGUAUGGCUUAUUUAAAUGACAAAAAGUUUGUGCAUCGUGACCUGGCUGCACGUAACUGCAUGGUGUCAGAAGAGUUCACUGUCAAGAUUGGAGACUUUGGAAUGACCCGGGAUGUUUAUGAAACUGACUAUUAUCGUAAAGGGGGGAAAGGUCUUCUACCAGUAAGAUGGAUGUCACCAGAAGCUCUGAAAGAUGGAAUCUUCACCACUUAUGCAGAUGUCUGGUCUUUUGGUGUGGUAUUAUGGGAGAUUGCCACUUUGGCAGAACAGCCUUAUCAAGGCAUGUCCAAUGAGCAGGUUCUCCAUUAUGUCACGCGUAAUGGUGUCCUGGAGAAGCCAGAUAACUGCCCAGAGAAAUUAAAUUAUCUAAUGAGGUGGUGCUGGCAGCAGAAUCCUAAAAACAGACCAUCCUUCCUAGAAAUUCUGGAGAACAUCAAAGCUGAACUGGAUCCUUCUUUCCACACCGUUUCCUUUUUUUACAGUAGAAAUACGAAACAGGAGGUCACAAAACCUGCUGAGAGCAAAAUAAAAGGCACUUCUGUGUUGGACUUGGUCAGCAAUCCACUUCUUCCAACUCAAAAAAUGAAGAAUGGCAGUGCAACCGCCUUGCCACUGAUGGAUAAAGCAAACCACUACAUUCAUUGUAAUGGCACAGAGAGCGAGAAGACCUUUCAGACAUCCAGAUACUUGUGAAUUCUUCUGUUAUGAGUGGCUUGUAAAAUCUAUCGUUAGCUAUACAGUUGUGAAGAAAUAUGAUUCUUUCUUUAAGGAUUUCUACUAAAAUAGUUUCAAACUAACUUGAACUACUGGAUGAAAAAAAUCCUAACUUCACUGUUAGCCAAUAUACAGGGUAAAAAAGGAAUAUCCAUAAACUAUAUGUAAACUGAAAUAGGAGCGAGCUGUAUGUAUAAU